AUGCUGACAACAUCUAGCCUGAAUUUUGCAUUCAUGAUAAUCCAGGCCUGCUACGGCUUUCUGACCGAUUCUCUCGGGCUCCUCAGCGACAGCAUACAUAUGUUUUUUGACUGUUUAGCUCUAGCGGUGGGGCUCUUUGCAGCAGUAGCUAGCAAGUGGCCUGCUAGCGAACGGUUCCCAUAUGGGUUUGGGAAGAUCGAGAGUCUAUCGGGGUUUGGAAACGGGGUGUUUUUGAUCAUUGAGAUUAUGAUCGAGGCAACAGAGAGGCUUGCGGAAGGCCGCGAGACGAAGCGGCUCAUGGAACUUUUCGUGGUUAGUGGUCUUGGAUUGGCAGUCAAUCUGGUUGGAAUGGCGUGUUUCGGGCACCAUGGCCAUGCUGGCCAUGAUCACGGGAGCCAUAGCCAUGGGCACUCCCAUGCACAUUCGCAUGACCACCAUGGGCAUGACCAUGAUCAUGGUCAUGACCACGACCACGAUCAUGGCAACCAUUCCCCACUGCUUUCUGAUAAGCAUCCCGCAACAUCUCAUGUCGGGCAUUCGCACUCACACGAAAACGAAAAUAUGCAUGGUAUCUGGCUCCAUGUUCUCGCGGAUACUAUGGGCAGUGCUGCGGUCAUGGUUUCUACUGCUCUGAUCUACUUGGUAGGGUGGAAUGGUUGGGAUCCAUUGGCAUCCUGUGUAAUCGCUAUCCUGAUCUUCAUGUCGUCGAUUCCUCUCAUCAAGAGCAGUGCCAAAAAGCUUCUCCUCACAGUCCCAGAUGGGGUUGAAUAUAACCUCCGGAACACCCUUGCCGGAGUGAGCGACCUCCGUGGUGUCGCCAACUACUGCGUCCCCCGUUUUUGGAUGGGCGACAAAAUCCCUGACAGUGAGAACGAGCAAGUGCUUGGCGUGAUACACAUCAUCGCAACCCGGGGAUCAGAUCUCGAUGACGUAAGGGAAAGGACAAGAGCUUUCUUGCAGGGUCAUGGCAUGGAUGUUGUGGUGCAGGUAGAGAAGGAUGGGGAUACCACUUGCUGGUGCGGGGGGAGCUCGAGUCGAUCUUCCUCCUCGAGAUUCAGUUGA